AUGAGGAAGAAAGCUUCAGCGUUCAAAGAAGUUGCGCCCGAGUCUGCAAAAGAGGAAAAACAUAAAGAGAGAGAAGGAACUCCUAACAAUGGAGCUGAAGAGAAAAUUCUGUUUGUAAUUUCUUCUGUAACAUCUAUGGGUCAAUGUCCCUCUUCAUGGCAUGAUUAUCUUGAAACGGUUAAAGAAAACUCCUGGCGAUUUAUGUCAUCUCCCUUCUCAGAAACUACUCUAACCGAUCGAGCUGAUCGUCCUGUUACUGGUUCUUUCGGUGGGAAUUACAUAAGUUAUAGAAUGUUAAGUACAAGACUUACAAGUCUCGCCAAACAGAAAGUUCUGAAUGUGCCUAUAUGCAAUUUCGACAGCGUUCUCGAUUUCAUAGUCAGACAAACAGAAAAAAAGAUUGAUAGAAUCGUUUUUGUAAUGGACUCAAGCGUUGCGUUAGACGAGCAGAAUAAGCUAGCGUUAAAAAAUAUUCUCAGCCGAACAAAAUGUCAUUUCCUAAUACUUGGAAGUAGCUUAGAAAAGCUCAAUGAGGUGAAGCAUCUUGUUGAUAGCUCUUGUAUGAAUAGCACUUUCUCCAUUUGUAAAAAACCUGAUAAUCUCCUACAUUACGUGUAUUACUUUACUGAUCUCAUACUAGAUAGGAAUCGUGUGCCUCUCAAGGGAGUCCCACUCCGUUUAGGCUCAAAGGCUCCAGUUAGAGUGAAGCUUUUGCGCCUGACGAAGCUCGACAAAACUGCGAAGAGAUUGAUCAAUGUGAAAAAAGAACCUGCAAUUUUCAACAGGAAAGUAACAAGCUGGUCGUUGAAGAAGAGACAAUGUCUCCGAAAGUGGAAGCUCUCUGGGAAGUUGGAAGCGAAGAACAGAUUGAAUCACAUAGAAACGAUAGAGAUAGUAGGCUUCUUAGCUGCUUCAACGGGAGAGAAGUAUAUCAACGGAGUUGGAAUGAAUGAGUUGUUUGUGUUGAAGAAUGCCUACACGGAAAAAGACUGUGAUGCUGACAGUGCUGGGUUUUUGAAAAAAAUCCAUACGUAUACUAACAGUUUCAUGGAAGUCUUCACGAAGUCAAUCAUAAAAACUAGUUCAGUAGCGUUUUGUCAAGUUCGGAGAGCCGGAAAGAAACCACGAUACGGGUUCCUCAUAGCGGUGGCUAAUGGCAUCCAAGCUAACGAAGAAGCUCCUUUAGCAGAUUGCCAUUUGGUUUUCGGUCUAUUGUCAACUUCAAUUCAUUCUGAAACAUGGACGCAUCUGUUAAGUUUUGUUAGUGCAGCGGAGGCCAAACCAACUGCACCUCAUGCGAAAUCACGGCUCAUCACUCAUCCCAACUGGAUCAAUGGAGAAUAUUUAUCGAGAGAUACCGCUACUAAACUAUCUAAGCUGAUCAAGAAGAAUAGUUUGAAUGAUGUGCAUGAGGAGUUAAACCGAAUGUAUACUCAUGCCCGAGUGAUUUCGAUUGGAUAUAGCUGGCUAAACGAUAUGCUGAAGAACAUGAUGGACCUAGCAAGAACUCCAGAAAUGAAGAGCUUAUUGGUUAACUAUCAGUUGGAAGCAAGUGGAGUUUUGAGAAAGUGA